AUGGUCUUUCCUUUAUGGUUUGCCGCAAUAUGCAUAGCAGUUUCUGCAAUAUACGAAGACCAGAUUGGCAAAUUCGACUGGCAUCGUAAAUAUGUCGGUUGUGCGCGAGAAGUUCAUAUGGAACGGUUGAAGAGUACGAAGUUACAUAUCUUUGUUUCAACGGAAGCUGAUAUGAUCGCGUCGUUGAAAGCAUCGACUGGAGGGAUAGUUUGGAGGCAGCAGCUGGAACAUUCGUCUGCACUUCGAUUAUCGUUCUCACCAGCGACCAAAUUGAUAAUAACAGUAACAAAAGGUAGUGAAGUGGUACGAGCAUGGAAUCGAGACAGUGGAGUUUUGAUUUGGGAAGCACAAAUUCAACAAAUUUCUAGCUGGAAUAAAACUGAAAUAUCAACAUCAAAUGGAAACGUGUUUAUCUUGAGAGAUGCUCAUAUAACUGCACUUUCUCUCAGUAAUGGUCACCUUAAAUGGGCAGCAAAUGCGGGAAACAUAGAGAGCUGCAUUGGAUUAGUACCAAUAUCGCAAACACUUAUUGUGGUCGGAGGUGUAGAAGGGGCAGAGUUAGUAAUUAUUCAGAUUAAUGUAAUGGAUGGUGCAGUUAUGAAAGUUCAGAAUCUCAGUGCAAGCUGGUUCAAUCCGAAAAGAUGCGUUUUGUCUAAUGCGUUAUUACAAUGUUUCGAUAGCAAAGGCUUUUAUGUUGUCGAUUUAUCGUUGGAUUCACUCACUGUACAUCACACUUCACUUCAGUCUAUAGUCAAAAUCUCAAAUUUAAAUAUAGGGGAAGUAAUAGUUGUGUGUACUCUCACAAAUACCUAUGUUUAUCGCAUUAGUUUAUCGGAACCACCAGCGCUGGUUUUGAAACUGCAGAAGAUUGAAGCAGUUUCCUCACAUGUGGCAAAUAGUGGACAAAACCUUUUAGCUAUUGCGACAUCUACGAAUAACAUCGUCGUUUAUGAUGCUGUGAGUGGAGAACAGUUAUUCAUAGGAAGUAUCCCAGAAAAAGAUCCAGCCCCUAUAAAAAUCAUUUCUUUUAUCGAGACAUCAAAAGAAUUCGAAUUUGCUGUUGUUCUGGAAGACUGUAGAUUCGUUUAUCUAGUUGGUUCAUCAAAUAAACUUGCAAGAGAAUGGAUCAGACAUGAUGCAUUAAGUACGAUUACUUCAGUCGAAAUGAUUGAUUUACCUUUAUCCGAAGCACAUGCUGAUAUCGAGUCGGAAUUUGCUUCAGAUGAUGGUACCAUAAUGGAAUCGUUAAUACGGCGUUUAAGGAGUCAAAUAGAACAGUUUCGUCGUGCUUGCAUUGGUGCGACAAAUCACAUUUUCUCGUCUUCAAAUUUUUUACCAUUCCGUUCGAAAUCAUUUGCCGGCUGGAUGGCAUCUCUUCGAUUUUCCAGCAAAAACGCGCGAAGGAGGGAUAUACCGUAUGAACGGGAUUAUUUUAAUCUACGAAAAAUUAUUGUUGCUUCAACAUUGAAAUCUAUUGUUUAUGGUAUUGAUAGCAGUGAUGGAACAAUUUUAUGGUACAUUUAUUUGGGAAAAAAUAUUAAGCCGUUGUUUGGCUCACUGGGAAGUGAAAAAAUCCCUCUCUUUAUACAACGUACUACAGCCCACUAUCAUUUUUCCCCACAAGCUACCGUCAUUGCUAAUGAUAAGAGAUCAGGACAUGCACUUUUGAUAUCUUUUAAUCCCUUAACAGGGUCUUUAAUCGAACGAAAAAGCUUCCUCACUUCUAUCAAGCGUGUUGAAAUUCUUCCUUAUGCGAAUGCUCAAACACACAUUUAUCACCUCGUCAUGCUUGAUGAGAAUAACAAAGUCACGUUGUACCCGGAAAAUGUGGAUACACUGGAGCAGUAUAUUCCGCUGCAUUUUUUUAACUUUAAUACUUCUGGUAAUUUAGAAGGUUUUGUCCUAAAUGUUUCUCGUAAACAGCUUUCGUCAACUUGGAAAGUGAAGAUCCCUUUACGAAAUGAACAAAAGAUUGUUGCUGUUGUUCCAAAACCAUCCUACCAAAAAGUUCAUAGUGCUGGAAGAGUAUUGGGUAACCGUUCAGUGCUAUAUAAAUAUGCAAAUCCAAACCUAGUCGCAAUUGCAGUACUUGAUUCUGUUCAUUCGACUUUACAAAUUUAUCUCAUUGAUGCAGUCUCAGGUUACAUCGUAUACAGUGGUAAACAAAACAAAAUAACUGGUCCAAUUCAUUUGGUCCAUUGUGAAAAUUGGCUGGCUUAUUCAUAUUGGAAUGAGAAAGGCCGUCGUAUGGAAAUAGCUGUGGUAGAGUUGUAUGAAGGUCUUGAACAAACUGAUGCUCUUCAUUACAAUUCACUUGUCCAUACGGUAGCAAAAAGAAUCACAGCCCUCUCUCAAGCGUAUAUAUUUCCUCAGGGGGUAGCGGCAUUAGGCGUUACAGAAACCGAACUAGGAUUGUCAACAAGAUCUUUAUUGGUAGCGAUGCCAUUUGGUAGUAUAUAUGCAAUUUCCAAACGGCUAUUGGAUCCCCGUCGCCCAUUGGAAAUGACGCAAGAACUAGCCGAAGAAAUGCUUCUUCCAUAUCGACCUGAAUUACCUAUUGCUUCUGAAGAUUUCAUUAAUUAUAAUCAAAGUAUACACGGUGUUCGAGGUUUCAAAACUUCGCCUUCCGGCUUGGAAUCGACAAGCUUGAUGCUGGCUUAUGGUACUGAUCUUUUUUUCACUCAACUUACUCCAUCUGGAACUUUUGACGUAUUGAAAGAUGAUUUUGAUCAUUUAUUAAUAACUAUAGUUCUAAUAAGUCUGGUAAUUGGAAGUUUGGUUUGCAAAAAAUUGGGCAAAAAUAAUAAUCUGAAGCAGGCCUGGCAGUGA